AAUCGAGUAUGCUGUCCGCCACUUCGAGCAAAGGAGGAAACAAAGAUGUGUCCAACGGUGAAAUUAGAGUUCCAUUUCCAGAAAUCGUCGAAGGGAAGAUAUAUACCGAAGAAUUUCUGAUCGCAGCGCGUGGUAUUGUGCAAAUCGUGGAUAAACUCGGCAAAGUUUUUGCACCAGUUAAAUACGAUAUACAGGGGAAUAUUACGAAACUCACUACUAAAUACGAGAAGAACAAGCAAGCAAAUGCGACUCUACAAGACAUGAUAUUAACUGAAAAAAACACAGAAACCAAUUUAAUCGCCACAGAUGCUUUAUUAUGGCUAACUAGAGGACUGCAUAUGAUCUUACUGUUUCUUGAAAAAAUCAUCGAGGACACUAAAUCAAGUACGCCAACAGAAGAUUUAGUAGCUUUCCUCAAAAAGUCUUACAAGGAAGCUCUGGAACCAUACCACGGGUGGAUGGCCCAACAGCUUUUCGAUCUUCUUUCACGUAUGGUUCCCACACGCUCGCAACUUUUACGAGCAAUCAUCGGUGAGAAAAACGACGUAAACGAUACUGUUAUAAACGAUUUGGAAAUCUAUUUAACGAAUUUACGAGAAAAUGUAUCAGUAAUACAAACAUUUUAUAAAGCUCAUAAUCUUGAAAAUACAACAUAGAAUGUA